AUGAAACUGGUAUUUUUUGACGACUUCAAGCUGGGCGCCGUAAAGGGCGAUAAUGUGGUUGACCUGUCGGCUGCUGCGGAGCAUAUCCCGCAUGUGUCGCCGCAGGAUAUCCUGUCGGGGCUGAUUGCCGACUUCGACACGCAUAAGUCUCACUUGGAGGAAGCGAUAAGCGCGAGCGACGGCGUGCCGCUAUCCAGUGUGCGGCUGCGCUCACCUGCGCCGCGACCUAUCAACAUCGCUUGCAUGGCAGUGAAUUACAUGGAGAACGGCACACGCUCCGAGCCUGCGCCCAUAAAUGCGUUCAACAAGUCGCCUAACGGCGUUAUCGGCGACGGCGACACCAUUCUGAUUCCGGAUGUCAAGGCAGAGGACGCCUAUGACUACAUUUUCGGCUACCUGAACUUCAUAGAUGUGUCGGCGCGGGGCGUGCCUGCGUUCUACCAGAUGAAGUCGCGCGAGACGUUCGCGCCGAUGGGACCAUACUUGGUCACCGCCGACGAGAUUGCGGACCCGCAGAGCCUUCCCGUGAAGCUGUGGGUGAACGACCGACUUUGCCAGGACUUCAACACGGAUGACAUGGCGCACAAGAUUCCGCGAGUCAUCGAGUGGAUUACAUCGGUCCAUUCGCUGGAGCCGGGCGAUGUGGUGGCGACGGGCACGAAUCACUUCGGACUGAGCGCGAUUCAGGACGGCGACACGAUCGACAUGGAGACAGAAGGCCUUGGCAGGCUGCACCUGCAUGUGCAGGACGACCUGAAGCGCACCUGGGGUCGCGAGACGCGACACGAGUGGGAAUCUGCGGGGAACGAAGGCACGACGCCGCAGCUGACAGGGAAAUAUGCGUAG